AUGUGCGGCAUCUUGGCACUCUUCGGCUUGCAGGACGCAGGACCUCUGCGGAAGCAGGUGGUUGAGGCUGCGAAGCUCCUGCGACACCGAGGGCCGGAUUGGAGCGGAGUCUACUGUGAGGGUAGCAGCAUCAUUGCGCACGAGUGCUUAGCCAUUGUGGACCCUGACAGUGGCGAUCAGCCCUUGUUCAACGAGGCCAAGGAUAUCGUGCUGGGUGUCAAUGGAGAAAUCUACAACUACACCACUCUGCAGGAUUCCUUGGAGGCGCGCCUAGGCUCUGCAUCCCGCAAGUAG